AUGGCGGGCAACAAGUUCUCGUCGUACCACCUCGCCGCGGCGCUCCGCCGCGAGCUGGACCCCGCCGCCGCGCUCCGCCUCUUCCUCAACCCUACUGCCUCCGCGACGCCGUUCCGCUACUCCCUCCGCUGCUACGACCUCAUCAUCUCCAGGCUCGCCGCCGCGCGCCUCUUCCCGGCCAUGGAGUCCAUCCUCUCCCGCCUCGCCUCCUCCUCCUCCUCGGGUCCCCGGCCCCGCGAGCAGCUCCUCUGCCGCGUCAUCUCCGCCUACGGCCGCGCCCGCCUCCCCGCCGCCGCGCGCCGCGCCUUCACGCACCCGGCCUUCCCCGGGCCCCGCACCGCCAGGGCCCUCAACACCCUCCUCCACGCCCUGCUCGCCUGCCGCGCCCCUCUCCGUGACCUCCUUGCCGUCUGCCGUGACUCUGGGGUCCCGCCGGACGCGUGCACCUAUAACAUUCUCAUGCGAGCGGCGGCCGCGUCCGGCUCCCUCGACCACGCGCGCCACCUGUUCGACGAAAUGCUGCGACGGGGCAUCGCGCCCACUGUAGUCACGUUCGGCACCCUUGUCGCCGCGCUGUGCGAUGCUGGCCUACUGGAAGACGCGUUCGAGAUGAAGGAAGUGAUGGUCAUGCAGUACGACGUGUUGCCGAAUGUUUAUGUGUAUACAAGUCUGAUGAAGGGGCUCUGUGAGAAAGGGGAUGUGGAUGCCGCGGUGAGACUCAAGGAAGAGAUGGCAGGGAAGGCAGAUCUUGUGCUGGAUUCUGCUGUAUAUGCGACGCUUGUGCGGGCGUUGUUCCGGGUAGGACGGAAAGGUGCGGUUGUUGGAUUGCUGGAGGAGAUGAAGGGGAAAGGGAUUGUGGCUGAUAGGGUGGUGUACAAUGCGAUGCUUGCAGGCUUUUGUGAGGAUGAGAGGGAUUUUGGUGCUGCAUUUGCAGUGCUUGAUGACAUGCAGAAGAAUGGGUGCAAGGCGGAUGCAGUGAGCUAUAACACAUUGGUUGCAGGGUUUUGCAAGUUGGGCCGGUGGCGGGAUGCGAGUGAAUUGGUUGAGGAUAUGCCAAGGCAGGGGUGCCAUCCAGAUGUGGUGACCUACAGAAUGCUCUUUGGUGGGAUGUGUGCUGCUGGGGAGUUUCUUGAAGCAAACCAGGUUUUGGAUGAGAUGGUUUUCAAGGGUUUUGCGCCAAGCAAGGAUGGUGCACAGAAGUUUGUCCAGGGGAUUGAGAAGGAAGGAGAUGUGGUAUUGCUAGAGUCAGUGUUGUGCCGACUAGCGAAGGUGGAUGCUUUGGUGUCAAGUGGAUGGGAGAAAGCUGUAAGUGGUGUGCUGAAUGAUCCCACAGAGUUGAGGCUAGAGAAGCAGCUUGAUUCUUUAAGAAUUGCUUGA